AUGGAACUGCCACCUCCCUUGGAGGAAGUCGACAGCCCGAAGGCACCGAAGGCUUCGCCCCUUGCGCUUGCGGAGUCGAAGUCUGCUGGUUGGCUGCCGACGAUUCGGCCUCUGUCAGGAGUGUCAGCACUGAGAUCUCAUGCACAGACCAUGUACUUCAGCACGCCGAAGCAAGGUAUGACGACCCCAUCCCCAGCAGGCACAGAGGGCUGGGUGUUUACGGAUGGCUGGGGAGGGACUCCCUCAAGGCUCCAGGCUUCCAGCCUUAAGCCUGACAUGGCCAGCACUGGCCCUGCCCUGCUUCGAAAAUCGAAGUCUGAUAGUGCACUGCAUGGGCUAUCUCCGAAAGCCUCAUCUGAGAACGUACGUGCAGGGGGGACCAUGUUCGGCCUCACGCGAGCACACCGUUCUGGGGCGGUAGUGGCAGGAAGGACCGAGUUCGUAGAUCAGGGCAAGCUGGUCAAAGACAUCGACAAGCUGACCACGGCACUGGGCGAAGUGAAGACCAUGUUCGAGGGUUUUGAUCCUCGGCGGUCUCCGAAGAAGAAACCCACCUUCAGUGAUCUACUGGCGGGAGGCAAGGCUCAGAAGGAGGGUGCGGAAGGGGACGCCGACAACGACGGGGACGAGGCCUUGCGGGAGGCCCAGGAGCGCCUCGCAGAGCGGCUCCAGGCCUACAAAUUCUGCCGUCGCAUCGAGCCGGAGCUGCCUCCAUUGGCUCCCUUGGCUUCAAGUGGUCUCGCCCCGCGGAAGCCCUCUCAGACUCUGGUCGUUCGCAACACCACUCCCGAGGCCAUUCGGAUAUGGUUGCCGGCGAAUCGCAAAGAGCGAAUCGCGGCAUUUGCGGAGGAAAGAUCCUACCGUCGACGCUUGUACCAAACUCAACGCGAGCGGAUGGUGGAGGAAGCUGCAGAUUCGCUGAAGGAGGAGCUCGUUCGCAAGGAAGAACAGGCCAAGCAAACGGUGGAGAGCCGCAAGCUGCAAGCAAAGCUGAAAUCCGAAAGCAGGGAUUUUCCGGCAGCAAAGUGGUUUACGCUCAUUUGGGCUGCUGGCUUUUUGCGGCAGAUUCAGCAGGAUCAAAAGCAAAGGAAGGUUCCGGUACUGGAACGCGUCGAGUACUUGAGGGAAAACUCAGACAACCUCUUGGUGAAGAGGUCUAGGCUCACGGCCGGGCAGAUGAAGGAGGCCCUGAGGAUGGAGACUGUGGUCCAGAGCCCCGCUGUGUCAAGGUUGUUCACCAGCUACGUGGCUUCCAUGAAGAUGAAGAGAAACAUUACCAAAGCCAAAGCCAAUGCAAAGAAAGUCUAUCAAGCUUUGCGAAGCUGGCAGGUGGCUGGUCGCGUCAUCUUCGCCCUGAAGAAUGUUGCGUUCCAGGCGAGAAAGAUUCAAAGAUUUUGGAGAGCAUGCUCAGCGCGCCUUCGAGAACAGCGGGAGAAGAUUGCACAACGCUGGGAGAAACUGGAGCGUCACGAGCUGACCCAGGAACUUUCAAAGUGGGAGCGUCCUGCUGGGCAACGAAACUCCAAUGCGUGUUUGACCUUAGAAGACAAGAUAGCCAUGGAGCUUACGCCGAAGGCGGUUCGGCUAACGUUCGUGGAGAACGAGCUCCGGGCGAGAAGAUACUUCCUGCUACCAGCCAUAGCGAACUGGGAGCAGGAGUGUAUCAGGUGGAAUGAAGAGUACGCUGCGCGCUUGGAGACAAAGCGAGCGUAUCAAGCGCUGGGACAGGAAGAAGGGUUCAUGGAAAAGCCCGAGCAUGCUUUUUCCUUUCCUCCGAGCCGACCAAUGCACUUGCCACCUGCACACCCUUUGGGUGAGGCUGCCAGGGGCGCUAUUUGCUCCCUUGGGUGUCCCGGAAGAAAAGGUGACGAGGAGAUCCUGGACAUGUGGCGGAGGUGCCGGCAAGAUCCCACUGGCUGGAAGAAAGUUCCAAGGACAGGGAUGAAGGAUUUCGUCAUCAAGAAAACGAAGACCGAUCGCAGUCAAGCCGAGGAGAAGAUCUUGUCGCUUGACGAGUUGCUAGAAAACGACAAGGACAAGGACUUCGGUGAAGCACCUGAUGCAGAAGCGAUGAGUUACGGCGUGGAUGAUUCGUUGAUGCCAGGUGGCCAGCCGCCGUCAGAGAGCGAACCAUGCCCAGUUUCGCUUCCCUGCUGA